AUCUCGCAUUUCUUUCUGUUCAUCUCUAUUGCGUCUGCGUGUUUGCAUUUGUGGCUAGACGAUCCAAAUCGAUUCUAUAAAUCACAUUCCGAUUCAUUUCUUUUAUACAGGUUACCAAUUAGAGCAUAAUUCGUCUUCGAGUUUGUUUUUCAUGCUCGGAGUUCUGUUAGUCUGAUGAUAUGUAUAUCUUGAGAUACCCAGUUGGAUAUGUAUAGAGCUCUUGGUAGACAUCGGCUCAUAUACCGUUCGCUUAUAUCAAGCUACGUUAAAACUGGUCUAAUUGACAAAGCCCUCCAAGUGUUCGACGAAAUGACUCAAUCGGAUUGUAGAGUUUUCAGCAUUGACUACAACCGUAUUAUUGGUGUUUUGGUAUGCCAUUCUCGUUUUGAGUUGGUGGAAUUGUAUUACGAUGCCAUGAUUCCAAAAGGGUAUUCUUUAAAUUCGUUUACAUACUCGAGGUUUAUAUGUGGUUUAUGUAAAGUUAAAGACUUGAGCUUGGUUGAUAAACUUUUGAAAGACAUGAAUAAUAUAGGAGCUGUGCCUGACAUGUGGGCGUACAAUAUGUAUUUGAAUGCUUUAUGUUCGGGGGGUUUGGUGGACAUGGCUUUAAGGGUGUUGGAAGAUAUGGCUGAAACGGGGAGAAAGCCUGAUGUGGUGAGUUACACUACGGUUAUUAGCGGUCUGAUGAGGGCUGAACGAUUUGAUGAGGCUGUUCAAAUGUGGCAGACGAUGAUUCAGAAAGGCUUAAGACCGGAUGCUAAUGCUUGUAGGGCACUUGUAUUGGGUUUAUGUGGUAUUGGGAAGGUUGAUUUGGCUUAUGAAUUGACAGUAGGUGUCAUGAAACUUGACUUUAACACUUCGGUGUAUAAUGUUCUCAUUCAUGGCUUUUGUAGAGGUGGUCGCCUUGAUAAAGCACAAGCUCUUAUGAGCUUUAUGAGGAAGAAUGGGUGUGCACCUGAUUUGGUUACCUACAAUGUGUUGUUAAAUUAUUGUUGUGACGAGUUGAUGUUGGAGGAGGCUGAAAAGCUGAUACAGACAAUGGAGCGGAGUGGGAUGAAGCUUGAUAGUUACAGUUAUAACCAAAUUAUCAAAGGUUUUUGCAAAGCUAAUCGUAUUGAAAAGGCAUACAUGUUGAUGGUGAGGAAGAUGGAAGUCAAAGGUGUUGUUGAUGUUGUAUCUUAUAACACAAUCAUUAGAGCACUCUGCAAGGGUUCUCACACUAGGAGGGCGUAUGAGUUAUACGAGGAGAUGGGCCGUCAAGGAAUUCCUCCUGAUGUUGUUACAUUUACCAUUCUUAUAAAAGCUUUUCUUAGAGAAGGUAGUUCCAAUGUGGCAAAGAAGCUUCUUGACAAAAUGACAGAUAUGGGUUUGUUACCCGAUCGUGUAUUAUAUACGACCAUUGUUGAUCAUAUGUGCAAGACAGGGAGAAUAUCGAUGGCUCACACCAUCUUUUGUGAUAUGAUAGAGCACGGAAUCACCACUGAUGUUGUUUUUUACAAUGCUCUCAUUAGUGGGUUAUGCAAGGCUUCAAGGGUAAGUGAAGCCAUGCAUCUUUUUGAGCAAAUGAAAGUGGAAGGUUUGUAUCCAGAUGAAGUGACCUUCAAAUUGAUCAUUGGAGGACUCAUACAGGAAAAGAAGCUCUCAUUGGCUUGUAUGGUGUGGGAUCAGAUGAUGGAUAAGGGUUUUACUCUUGAUAGAGAUAUUUCAGAGACUCUUAUUAAUGCCAUCCAUUCAAAAGAUGCAUCUGGCAUAAGUACAGGAAAAGGUUGAAAUAUACGAUUUAAACUUUGGCACGAGAAGAGAACCGUCUGAAUACAUGCCACUCUAAAGUCAGCCUUGUUGCUACCUUAUCUUUGCAAUGAACUGCAGGCUGAGCAAGGUCGGGUUUACGCAUGGCUUUUCUAAAGAUCGUCCGGUCCAGAAGAGUAUCAUUCAGGUCCACAACCAAUAUCGUUAUCCUUCCCUCCUGGAGCGGCAUCACCGCUGCCACCACCACCACCACCAACAAAACGAGUGCCGAUCAGCAUUACUUUGAGAUAUCAUCAAAAAAGAACUGCCACCAAGACAUCAUCAUCAGGAUCAGAAAACCCUAAUCGAGUAGAAGAGAAAUCGGCACUCUCCGUCGUCCUCUCUCAUUAUUGUUCCAUGGUCCCGGUUUUGAGACGAAGAGGUUAUACGUUGUACCUAGAAGAAUUUAUGGGCUUGAAUUCGUUUAACUCGUUUAUUGGCUCGAGCUUGAUAAUUUUUAUAUAUUGAUUGUAUGAUUUAUGAACAUUUUAACAUGUUUGGCUUGAAAAAAUGUAUCGAGCUUUCGGGCCAAAUCGAACAUUGUUGUUAUGAAGCUCAAUUAACUUAGU